UUCAACCAGCCAACAUGAAACAAUUAAAAUUUAUAAUAAAUUUAACAAUUAUAUUUUGCAUAUUAAUCAAAAUUUCUGAUAGUGUGCCUGUACAGAAAUGGUACAAGGAAGACGAUUUUGAACCCUUUUAUAUAGAAACCGAGUUAAAAUACAACUGGUUCGAAGCCUGGAAUGAAUGCUCCGCCAAAAAUAUGACUUUAGUGGCUGUGGAUACGCUAGAAAAAAAUGCCGCUUUAAUAAAAAUAUUAAAAACUAAAUUUGAUGAUAAACAUUCCAACAUUUGGAUUGGUGGCAAUGACUUGGGCAAUAGUGGUUACUUUAUGUGGUACUCAACGGGCAAACGUUUUGAAUUCACCAAUUGGAGUAAAGGCAAUCCAGAUCAUUAUACCGAAUUAGAACAUUGUGUGCACUAUUUCGAUCGCACAGAUUUUGAAUGGAACGAUGCUAAUUGUAUGCAAAAAAUGGGUUUUAUCUGUGAAGAAAAUCGGUUUUUAAAGGAAAUGCGUACAAAUUUAGCUGUAAAAAAGAAUUUUAUUGAUCAAUUGUUUUCACUUUAGUUUUUGAAUUUAAUUUAUUCAAUGAAGUUCUUUUAAUUAAAGUAUUUUUAU